AUGACGGGACUUGGAGAACUGGGGAUCACCAAAGCGGCGCCAGAUUUCGAGGCCCCAGCGGUGCACAAUGGAGAGUUUAAGACCAUCAGGUUAUCAGACUACAUUGGCAAAUAUGUGGUGCUCUUCUUUUACCCUCUUGACUUCACGUUUGUUUGCCCGACUGAAAUCAUCGCAUUCAGUGAGAAAGCUGACGAUUUUCGCGCCAUUGACUGUGAGGUGUUGGGCUGUUCCACAGACAGUGUCUACUCCCAUCUGGCAUGGGUAAACACCCCCCGCAAGAUGGGCGGCCUGGGUCCCAUGAACGUUCCACUGAUUGGCGACAAGACGCUAGAAAUCUCCCGGAAAUACGGCUGCUUAAAGGAGGAUGAGGGAGUGGCAUUUAGGGCGUUGUACAUCAUCGAUGACAAGGGCAACCUGCGUCAGAUCACAAUGAAUGAUCUGCCGGUCGGCAGGUCAGUGGAGGAGACUCUUCGUCUGGUACAGGCCUUCCAGUUUACGGACAAACACGGGGAAGUGUGUCCCGCUGGCUGGAAGCCUGGAAAAGACACCAUGAAGCCUGACCCCAACGCUAGCAAGGAGUACUUCGGCAAAGCCCAUUAA